AUGAAGCUUCUUACCCUCCUUCUCCCUCUCAUUCCCCUUUGCCGUGCAUGGGAAGUCGACUUCUACACCGAGUCUGACUGCGCGGGCAGUACUACCUGGUCGACCGGAGACACGGCCGUCAUGUCCUGCCAGAGCACCAGCUCGUCGGACUACGUCAGUGUCUGGGUGGAUGUGGUGGCGACCAACUUUGCCGUCCUCGUGUAUAAGGAAGCCGACUGCGCGGGUCCCUCGUGGGCCAUCUCCGGCACCCAUGAGACUACCACAGGCAACUGCCAGAAUGGCGAUUGGAAGUCGUUCAAGGUGGUCAAGGCCACUGCUUAA